AUGAGCGAAGAUGAAUCGCAAAAAGCCGAUGUCCGUCAAGAAGCUCGUUCUUUAGCGAAAAAACUGACAGUAUUUGAAAAUGCUUUUAUGAUAGUGUUUUGGUAUUCAAUUUUAAGUAGAUUCGAUAUCGUAAGCAAAUAUAUUCAAAAAGUUGAAUUAGACUUGUGUGCAGCGAACGAUAUGCUUGUAUCUCUGAUAGGAUUUGUGCAAAACUUGCGGGAUGAUUUUUCAAAAUUUGAAAAAGAAGCAGAAAACCUUGGUGAUUUCGUAGUUAAAGAGUAUGCAGACAAAAUAAAGCGAAAGAUUACUAAAAAACUACCUGAUGGAACUACUGUCAAUGAAGAAUUAACAGGAGCUAAUAAAUUUAAAGUUGAUACUUUUUACACGAUAAUUGACAAACUUACUGUAGAAUUGAAAAAAAGAAGCGAAGCUUAUUCUAAUGUAGUAGGUAUAUUUGAUUUUCUUAUGAAACUUCAUGUUAUGGAAGACAAUUUUUUAGAAAGUAAGACCAAACGCUUAGUGGAAAUUUAUGGAUGUGAUUUAAUUGAGGAUAUUUUAAUCGAAAUCAAACAAUUUGUACCGCUAGUAAAGAUGCACAUCGAUUCUCUCUCUAACCAAGCUGACGCUGCAGGCACGUUAAAUCCUUUAAAAAUUUUGAACUGGAUAGUGAAAGGUGAUAUGAUUGAUGUAUUUCCAAAUCUAUAUGUAGCGUAUCGUAUAUACGUUACGAUUCCUAUUGCCAAUUGCGAAGCAGAACGUUCCUUUUCCGCGUUAAAACGAGUGAAAGAUGUUUUUCGCGCAAACAUGUCAGACGACCGCUUGUCAGCACUGGCUAGGUUAAAAAUUGAAAGCCAAUUAUUUAGAACCAUUGAUUUCAAUGACCUGAUUGAAAAUUUUGUUGCUGAAAAGUGUAGAAAAAAAAUCUUUUAA